UGGAAUGACGUCUCGAUACUGUUGAUACUAUAGUUGAGAGUUGAGACGUUAUAAUUUUUUAUGGAGUGAAAGAAUGUUUUGCAUUAAGUUGUGUUAAUUUGUAAAAGCACCGAAAUCCUUUUAUUUGUGUUAUUGUUUUGAACUAAAUUAAUUCUGGUUGGGGUUAAAAGGAAGGCGAGUGGUUAUGCUCGAAGCAUGCCUUCGACCUCGCGGUCGCGGGGCUCCGGACGAGCCAGUGACGCCGCGCCACGGACGCAGGUCAUAGCGCCUAUGUCGGAGCGGCAACAACUGGCUCUUGUGAUGCAAAUAUCGUCACAAGAUGCUCCUCCAGCCGCUCCGACCCCAGCAGAAGAACGAAAACGGACAAGACAACAACGAAAUGAACGUGGAGAAACCCCCCUCCAUGUUGCAGCUAUAAGAGGGGAUCAUGACCAAGUCAAAAAAUUACUAGAACAAGGACAAGAUCCUGAUGUGACAGAUUUUGCAGGAUGGACACCUUUACAUGAAGCAUGUAGUUAUGGUUGGUUACAAGUAGUAGUGGUACUAGUAAAAGGUGGGGCUAAUGUGAAUGCAAAGGGAUUAGAUGAUGAUACUCCUCUUCAUGAUGCUGCUACAUCAGGGAACCUCGAGAUGGUUAAAUUUCUUAUUGAGCAUAGUGCGGAACCUUUCGUAAAAAACAGUAAAGGAAAAGCUCCAUCAGAUUAUGCAGCUCCACACAUCUAUGAAUAUUUACUAUCCUUGAAAGAUAAUAACGCGAGAGCUACUCAUAUUUCAAGAACAAGGGAUGACAGCAACAAGAAAAGUGGCAAUGCAAGUACAAACAGUGAAGGCAGUAAAAGAACCAACAUGGAGGGCCUAGCACAGGGUGAAAUUGAAGGAAAAGAGGCCACCCCACAAGAGAAAGGCAAUACAGAAAUUAAAGAUGAAGGUUCUCAGUUGAGUAGCGGAGUAGUGUCAUCCACACAGGAUGACACAAACUUAAGUAGUAAGAAAGGAAACUAUGAAGAAAGUCAAGAAGCUGACACACACGAGGAUGACGUUUCUAAGCGGAAGAAGCGUAAAGAGACUGAAGAAAAGGAGCCGAUGGCUAAGCCCGCGCCUGUAGCUAGGACUGGGACAGGGCGUAAGCCUGGGCCUGCGAGCAAGACGGGCGCGUUGCCGCUGAGUAAAGGCGGUGCUUCACCCAACGUUAACAAGAAUGCUGCCACAUCAUCUACUGGGAAAGUUCAAGCUACAGGCAAAGGGGCUUCAGGGAAUAAGGGGAAAACUGGCUCUGGUAAAACUGGUCUACAUAGUGGAAAGCAAGACCGUAGGAGUCCUGUAGCAAGUCCUAAACCCGGCCAAAGUAAGGAUGACGGAGAAAGUGAAGAGAAACCACAGGAAGCAUUGGCCCCCAAAGUUCCACCUUUGAAGAUAGUUAUUCCUGGUGGAGCUGGUGGUUCUGGAAAUAGGAAUGAACAGGAAGAAGGCGUACAGCGUGGAGGAGGAAAAGGGCGCGGUAAUGCAUCAACAUUACCUUAUGUAAUACCAUGUACAACGGACACAGGGCAAACAUCGGACAGUUCUGAUGGAAAUUCUGAUGAAAAGCGAGUGGAAGGCAAGGGCGGGCAAAGAGUACUGCGUUCGCAUAGAACGAACGACGCCGACAAAGAUAAAGGAAAUUGCCCGCAAAGCUCAGACCGAUCGGGAUCUAACCAAAUUCUGAGUUCCCAUAAAAGCCCACUUCCAGGGGCUGAUGAUGCACCGUCAACGUCUGGAACCUCAGGUGGGAGAAACGAAUCAGACGGACCAGGAAGCAGAGGCCGGCGCUAUCAUUCUCCCUUAAAGUCUCCAAAGAGCACACGCCAAUCUUACGGACCGGGGGGCAGAGGUCGCCGCAGUCCUCACAAUAAGUCUACAAAGAAAAGAGGACACUCUUCUACUGCGGGACAUUCGGUCGACGUCCACCCAAGGAAGAGAAAGAUCAAAGCCUCUAAAGAGAGCCACUCAAGGGAGCCGACUAAGUCCGAACAUUCUGAAAAUAUCGCCCAUAAUGUUACGCAUUCCAAUCCCUAUCAAAUGUACAUACACAAAAGGAAACAGAUCGAGCGCCGUCAAAAAACCCUCUUUCCAGUCAAACCUAAACCACCCAAAGACUUCAAUAAGUACCUGAUGAAUAGAUGCACCUACACGCUUCAAAAUAACGUGAACCCGGAACCUCAGGUUGAUAUUCCCAUCAACAUGCCACAGCACAUGAUCGUGGAGUUCAUGUCUCAAGAGAGGGAGAGAACCCGGUUACGGAUACAGCAUCAAGUUGAAAAGGAGAAAUUGGUUUUGGCUGUGGAGCAGGAAAUAUUGCGGGUGCAUGGGCGGGCUGAACGAGCGGUUGCAAAUCAGGCGCUGCCAUUUUCAGUUUGCACGAUAUUACGUGAUAAAGAAGUGUAUAAUGUACUAGCGCCCGAUCAAGAAGAGAAGAGAAAUGCGCAGAGAUCAAGAUGUAAUGGAAGGCAGAUCAACUCGUGGUUGCAGGAAGUGGAUGACAAAUGGGAAAAGAUUAAGGAGGGCAUGUUGCGGCGACAACAUACUGAAGCGGAAACACUUCACGCUGUACAAAUUAUGGGUUGGGAAUGGAAACUCAAAGAGCUCGGUCUGUGCGAUCACAAAAAUACUCCGAAAAUCGAUCCGACACAUGUACCUCAGAUACACGUGUCAAAUUUUGAUUUGCCCGCUUGAGUUUUAAGUUCAUAUUGCCUUAGUUUAAUGUAACGCCUGAUGGCAUUUUCCAAUCUAGCAUUUUUACAACACCAAUUGGUAAUACGAAUCAAGCGGAGCUACUAAAUUGGAUUAUCUCUAAAUUUUCUCGACCGCAGUCGUGCUUUCCUGAAUCCCUAUUGAUGUUUUCAUAUCUAAGGGUGAUAGUCAGAAACGAGAACCCCACUUGGAUUCCCGUAUGUCAAAAAUGUAUUGAAUUCGGCAUACGGGAGUCAGUCCGCGGUGUUUUUGAGUCUCACCCUGAAUGCUGCUACGAGUAGGUCUUUCUUACUCGAAAUCAUUGAUCUAAAAUUGCGUAUUUCAACACACAUCGAAAAGUUUAAAAACUAUAUUUUUAAAUAUUCUAAAGUGGUCUCUUCUUCGUUCACGGGAUCUCCUGCCGUGGCGAUUCGUCGCCAAAUUAUUUAUUGUCAAUUUGUUUGACAUAAGAUGCGUUGUUUGAUUUGUAUGAAAUUUUUGAAUUGGUCUUCAUUCGAAGUUAAUUGAUUGCAAUCUCAAUUAUUUUCAUUAAGUCUGAUUUAUUGAUUUGUAUAUGCUUGUACCUUGCUGAUAAAGGGUGGAUAUUUUUAAAAUCUGAAUAUAUUUUUUUAUUAAAAAUUAUAUAGAACUAUCCAUAAAGGGCAUGAUUGUUUUCUAGAUUUAGUUAUUAUUUUAAAAUUUAGCUAGACAGUUGUGUCGGCCCUCAUUUUGGAAAUUUGUGUUCAUUAUCGAAAUUAUUAGUUGUUACGGACCGUUUAUAUGGCGUUCGAUUUUUUGAACCUUAGUUUACGGAUUGGAUGACUAACAAUUGAUUACAUUCCUCUAUUGUUUAAUAUCCUCCUUUUAAACGCAACUUGCCUAUUUAGACAUUCUUUAUAUUGUAGGAAUUAUGUUUUAGGUGCUCAAUCCUUUAAUCAUUAUAGAAUGUAUAUAUAUUGAUGUGAAUAUUAAUUUAAUAAUUUGAUUUUUAAAAAUUCAGUAUUACAUUUCGAUCAAUCAAAAAGUCAAUAUUUAUAUUUAUUUUGUUAAAUGACAAAAAAAAUAUUAUCACAUCAGUGUAAUCAUUUUCAUUAACUGUAAUUAUACUUCAUUUCUAUACUGAACACAUCGGCACUUUGGUUAUAUUAAAAAAUCUUAUUAUUUUGUUUUGUUUAAAGUUUACAAAAUGCGGCCAUUUAUUUUCUCUAUUCUAAGUUAGGAAUAAUUUUUUUUCCAAAGACCGUUGUGUUCAAAAAGUCAAAUCGCGUAACCUCUUAUUUCUAAAAGCUAAAUCUUAUUAUUUCGUUUUAAGCGCUCAUUUGUCUCUUUUCAUCACAUCGUUAACACAAUUUGAAGGAUGGAGACGAAUGAGGACGCAAGAAUGUAAUUAAGACUGAUUUAGUUUUUAUAAGAGGGUAAUUAUAUACAUUAAUUAUGUAUUUUUAUGUAAUUAAUUUGACCGCGCCUUUUCUUUUAUCGAGUUUCAAUUUUAAUUUGAGUGAAAUAAUAAAAUCUAAAUCAAC